GAUACGUGGGUGUGUGUGAGGACACUGGGAUGUGUGUGAGGAUACGUGGGGGGUGUGAGGACACUGGGUGUGUGUGAGGAUACGUGGGUGUGUGUGUGUGUGUGAGGAUACGUGGGUGUGUGUGUGAGGACACGGGGGUGUGUGUGAGGACACUGGGAUGUGUUUGAGGAUACGUGGGGGGUGUGAGGACACUGGGUGUGUGUGAGGAUACAUGGGUGUGUGUGAGGAUACGUGGGUGUGUGUGUGUGUGUGAGGAUACGUGGGUGUGUGUGAGGACACGGGGGUGUGUGUGAGGACACUGGGAUGUGUGUGAGGAUACGUGGGGGUGUGAGGACACUGGGUGUGUGUGAGGAUACAUGGGUGUGUGUGAGGACACGGGGGUGUGAGGACACGGGGUGUGUAUGAGGAUACGUUGAUGUGGGUGAGGACACGGGGGGGAUGUGAGGACACGGGGGGGUGAGGAUACGUGGGGUGUGUAAGGAUACGUGACGGUGUGUGAGGACACGGAGGUAUGUGUGAAGAUACGUGGGGUGUGUGAGGACACCGGGAUGUGUGUGACGACAUGGGAGAAGUGUGGGAUUACACGGGACAGUCUUCUGUGAAUGAUGUCACAACAUCACCCAGGAGUGCGCAUAGCGUCACAGGUGUGUAGAUGACGUUAACAUCACAGAAUCAACAGAAGGUGGAGAGGUUAGCCAGGUGGUACCAGGAUAGCCAGGUGGCGCCAGGAUAGCCAGGUGGCGCCAGAAUAGCCAGGUGGUGCCAGGUGAUGGUGGUGGUAAGCAGGUGAUGAUGGUAGUGGUGAAGAUGUUGGUGGUGGUGAUGGUGGUGGAGAGGAGAUGGUGAUGGUAGUGGUGAUAGUGGUGGAGAGGAGGUGAUGGUGGUGGAGACGAGUGGUGAUGGUAAUGGUAAUGGUGGGGGAAAGCAGGUGGAGAUGGUGGUGGAUGGAUGUUGUCCAUCUUGGGAAUGAAGCAGGAGUCAGUAAUUAAGAGCCGCCAGAGUGUGGAACUUGCGUCACGGCAGCUUUGGUUUAGUUGAGCCGACGUGACAGUGUUUUGAUUGAAGUGAGAUUGAAUGGGUUGCGGGAGUGCGUGCGGGAGUGCGUGAGGGGCGUGCGCGAGGAGGGGGUGCGCGGCUGCAAGGGUGCGAGGGGUCAGUGUGGUGGCGAGUGCAUCGCGAGAAGGAUGUUGCGGGGUGCAGACGGGUGAUGCGGACGGCGUGGCCAGAGUGCGCGAGUGAUGCUGUGUGGCGUCCUGAUGGAGUCUCUUGUGCCGCCUACCCCACCAGACACCACUAUGUCUGCCCCCGACCCCUCCUGCAGGCGACCCAACACUGCCUCCCCCCACCCCACGGAAGACACUGCCCGGACAGUGCCCGUCGGGGAUCCUGGCCUGUCUUCUCUUCCUCCUGCUUCCUCCCAGCCUCUUGGGCCACCCAAAGGCUCACCCGUGUCCUCCCCACGCCCAGCCAGGAGUGCCACUAUCACCUGUGUUUCCCCCAAACUUCCCCCACCACCCGCUAGCCCCAGUGGUGGACGAAGGUCUCCAAUGAAGGGGUCUCCUACGAAGUCCUCGAGCCCGUACAGUCCUCUGCUGGCCAGAGACCAGAGCUCUCCAGUCAGGGUCACUGGUAAUGGCAAAGGCAGUCAGACCAAAACCUGCCAGUCUUCAGUCACUGUACCCCAGACCUCCAGCACCCCCGUUAGCGUUGCCGUCAGCGGCAGCAUUGCCACCACAACGGGUGGGGCCAUGACCAAAUUUCUGGGCUCUGCUGGCGGAGCGAAAAGUGGCCCUGGGCAUUCCCGCAGCCCUCGUGCGCCUCCUCCACACCGUCUGAUUCGCCAGCACUCCUUGGCAGCGGUGCUGGGGCUCUUCCGUGGCAGAGAUGAGCGACUGGGGGCCUUCACUGACCUUCCCGACGACUGGCACACUGUAAGGGAGGAGCCAGAGGAGCUGGAAAGGUCAUCAGGCAGUAACAACUCCCGCUCACACUCGAUCCCGUCCACCUCGGUGCCGCACCUCCCGCAAGAUGCUCGACGCAAGCGACGCAGCUCCUGUCAUACCGACAUUUCGGGAAUGUCGCAGAUUAUACCCAUCAUUCCUCCUCACGCAAUCAAAAGGAAGCCUCUGACCAGUGAGGCAGCAGCGUCGGCAGUGACGACACGUCGGUGUUCUCUGACGCUGCCGUAUGCCACGCUGUAUGGGUCGUGGCAGAGUACGGUGUCUGCCCCUGGCAGCCGCCAUGGUAGUAACGAAAUGCCAUCAACUGCCGGCCCUGUUCCCCGUCGAGGGCCAGCUGUUCAGGUGGAAAUGACUCACAUGGGAGGGGCUGCCCCUGCCCUACCCAACAGCAGUGCAUCUACCCAAGCGACAUCAACGACUACUGUCACGACGUCUGUAACGACCUCUAUGACAACAUCAUCCUCGACAGCCCCUCUCCUUCCCUCUACCCCUCACGACCUUUUAUGUGAGCAUGGCCUUGUCUCCUUGAGUGAAUCCGUUACUCAACUCCUCGCUUGCACCUUGCAGAAAGUGCCCAUGAAGGACUUCGGGUCGGAGGUGCGUGCCUCAAUGGACAUCGCGCACUUCUUGUCACAGGCGACUUUGGUGCUGGACGUGGGGGAGACGUCCCUGGAGGGCAUAUGUGAUAUGCUUCUCACCAAGCUGCUGGAGCAGGAUGAACCUCUCUGCUCGGUGGCCGAAGCCAAAUCUAUACUCUUCACCCACGACACAUGUGAGUACUGCUUCUCUUGUUCUAGUCUAGAUAGGGGUGGGUUCUCUUGUAGGAUUAUACUACUCUGAGGGUUCAUGUCGCAAAUAGCUUGUCAACUUUUUAAUGAAAUGUACUAUCUUUGCAGCGGCAUAUUCACUCACCUGAGUGACGCAACUAAUAAUGUGUUACUCGAUUCAUUUGAUUAUAUCACAACAAAUCUAGUUCCUUUGUGAACUUGAUUGCUUUUGCGUCUUUUCACUUUUCUGACGUUUUCUAACUUCAGAGAAACAUAACUAAAGAGCAAAUUGAGUGCAAAAUAAAAUAACACGAGAAUCUGGGAGUGGACAUCAGUGGUAAGAGCAAUAUGGCAGGAUGUUGGCAAGACGCCAACCAGUGUCAGCCUCGCAUAGUUGAGCCAAAAUACAUAAUUUCACUUGUGCCUCCUGUACUCCCAGCUAAAUCACAAAUUGUCCCAGGCAAGUUAUUAUUAAUGGGUAAAUAACUGAAUCAAACUCCAAAUGUCAGUUAGAUAUAAAAAAAAGUGGAGGGUCGUCUCCCGUCUCCCCCAGGCCACCAACAAACUAAACCUCUGAUUGAUUAAUGAGACAAAUGUGCAACACUUGGGUAUCUUUAUUCUGAAAACGUUUCGCCAACUACUGGCUGGCAAAACGUUGCCAGAAUAAAGACAGCCAAAUGUUCCACAAGUCUCUCAUUUAUCAACUAGUCGGUUUUCUAAACCAUUUAUUUAAACAUCUGGCUGUAUCAACAGUACUUCUUACAA